GGCAUGAGCGAAAAGAAAGGGGCGUGGCGAAGAGCAGUGUGAGGGCGGGGAACCUUGUGAGGGCGGAGCCAAGUCCCCUGAGGGGCGCAGUGGUUCUAGCCANAUGGUGUCCCGGCCAGCCAUGUGCCCUGUCAGCCCUGUGUGGCNNAGAAAACCAAACCUAUGGGCAUUCUGGGUACUGCUGCUAGUGCUAUUGCUGUCGUUGAAGUCGUGGGCGGAAGAUGCCUUACAGCAUUGCACCUGGCUUCUUGUCCUGAACAAGUUCGAGAAGGUAGGCUUGCAUCUCUCCAAGGAUCGAUUUCAGGAUCAUGAGCCCAUCGAUACAGUGGCCAAGGUGUUCCAAAAGUUGACAGACUCCCCAAUCGAUCCGUCAGAGAACUAUUUGAGCUUUCCUUACUACCUGCAAAUCAACUUUUCCUGUCCGGGACAGAAUAGCGAGGAGCUGGCCCGAAAGGGCCACCUGAUGGGGAUGAAGCCCAUGGUCCAGAUCAACUACAUGUACUCAGUCAAUUUCUACCGUUGGAAGAUGGAAAAUGUGCAGAUUCUGAUGGAGGCUGCUCCAAUGCGCAGCACAGGAUACUGCCCGGCAGAGGCCAUGUGCAUCCUGAACUGGUACACACCCAUGCCCUUUAAAAACGGUUCCGUGGUCUCCUCAGUGGACAUCUAUACCAAUGGUAUAGGGCCCUUCNUACCCAAGAAAAGGUUCUAUGUGAAUAUGAAUGGCUUCUUGAAGAGAGGCUCCUACUACUGUCCCAUUCUUGGCUUCUCAGCCACCAUCCAUGACGCCAUUGCCACCGAGAGCACGCUCUUCAUUCGACAGAACCAGCUCGUCUACUAUUUCACAGGCACCUACAGCACGCUCUUUGACAAAAGCCAUGGCAGCAGCAGAUGGGUUCGUGUCCUGCCUAGCGAGUGCAUCAAGAGACUGUGCCCGGUGUAUGUCAGUGGCAAUGGUUCUGAGUACGUCCUAGCCCUCACCACUGGCAAGAAUGAGGGUUAUAUUCACAUCGGGACCAUCACAGAUGGCCUCGUGUCCUUUGAGAUGGUGCCAGAUGGCUGGUCAGUAUGUGAGAAGUUACCAGGUAAAAACUGCAGCAUCGACUGGGCUANAUACAUCGCUGAUGAGAGGAACCUGCUGUUGUUAGUGAAAAUUGACUCUGGGCAAUUUUACCUAGUCAACUUUAAUACAGGUAAAUCAGGUUGCCUGGAGAGAACAAGCAAUCUGAUUNCUUGCUGUAUUAUGGAUGCGAUGGGAAAAACAGGUGUCCAGAACACCAGAUGUGCCCAUGCUCAAGUGCACUCUCUCUGCCCCUGCAGCUACAAUAGGGAAGAAUUCAUUUUUCUGGCGGACUUCCCCAAGGAGUCCACCAUCAAAUACAUGGUCAACUCUUUCAAAGGACAAAUGGCUGUUGUCACAGAAAAUGAAGAGAUUUGGUACUUUCUGGAGGGUGGCUAUGAUGUAUAUCAGGUGGUCCCUUCCCAAGGCUGGGAGACCUACCAUAACCUGCAGAAGAUGCAAAUGUCUCCCCUCCAUUCAGAAGAUGAGUCCUUGGUCUCCCUCUUCUUUGAGGAUGGGGAUCUUUUCCAGCUGGUCUAUCUUUUUGANGUUGGAAAAGAACGUUUGGUCAAGAGGCUCCUGCCUGUGGGAACGUUGAUGGAGUACAACCUGCCCAAACCCUUCACAGUGGCGAACCAAGGGAAUUACAAGAUGAUCACCUUCACCCACACGUGCCCUUUCAAGGCCAUUCAUGCAGUUGAUGUGCCCAAAAAACAGCAUGCAUCACGCACAGAGAGCUAUGUUGCUCUGCCACCUCUGGUCUCUGAAUCCUUGGGCUUCCACAACAAUAACACACUCGCUGUCUAUCAAGGCCUCGUCUAUUACCUGCUGUGGCUGCACUCCAAGUAUCAUAAGCCCUAUGCAGACCCAGUGCACGAUCCCACCUGGCGCUGGUGGCAACACAAAACAAAGGACAAGGAUUACUUCUUUUACCUGUUCAGCAACCGGCUGGCGGCAGAAGGCAUAUACAUCAACAUGAACGCCUACCAAAAACUCUACAACAUGUCAGGCGACUAUGGAAUACCCGAUCUUUUCUUCCUAGACAAGGGCAACUGGUUUACCUUCACCUUGGUCUUAUUGUCACAUCAGGACACCUUCACAAGCUCUGAUACCAAAGGACCCACUAUUAAUGUGGACAAGAAGCUGUCAUUGUCUAUGGUAGUGGCGGAUCCUGAGUGCCUUUCAGUAACUGUGACUCGGGAGGUCCUUCUUAAUCGCAACGCUCUGCUCACCAAGAUUAAAGUCAUAGAUAAAAAGAGAUGCUCUGAACAGGGCAUGAUUGGACGUAACAUCAAGAAGACUUCCAUGAUGAUCAAGGUCUUGGGCGCUCCUGGGAAUUGCAUCCAGAGCACGUACCUUGGGGGAAUUAUUCGAGGUAUCAGGCUGGUACCAAUAUUCAUCGGCUGUCCUCCUGGCAAGCGCUUGGCCUUUGAUGUCUCCUACACGAUUAAGCAUUCCGAGGAGAUAAACAAGCACUAUUUGGACUGUGUGAUUAAAGACACCGAGAUGCCAUGCUUCCUGUUUCGUGACUUAUUCCAGCCCUUCUUCUUAGUCCAAGACUUGGUGACUGGAGACUCUGGCAGUUUCUUGGGCAGUUACGUGCUGAAGGUGGUGGGUGGUGGUCGCACACUGGACACCAUCAGAGACUACACAGAGGAAGAAAUCUUCCGUUACAACAGCCCGCUGGACACAACGAAUAGCCUCAUCUGGAAAACAAAGGUCGAAAGGACCACCGAGGACAAAAAGUUCUACAUAAUGUCNCANNAGAGCCCUGGAGUCGAGUGGCUGUGNUUGGAGAACUCCCCNUGNUAUGACAUCNUCCCCCAAAGCAUCUACCCACCUGAGUUCUUCUUCAAGUUGUUAGUGAGCAAUAGAGGUGUAGACAAUAGCACAUACUGUGACUACAAGCUCACCUUUAUAGUGCACAUCCAUGGGCUACCACUCAGCAGCANGCGGUCCUCCUUCAUUNUUAUGGUGUCUACCAGCUUCUUUAUAGCCCUGGUUGUCUUCUACAUCCUGUUCUGCCUCCUGUGGCCUCNCAUAGUGAAGGCCUGGGUCUCAUUACGCUGGAAGAUUAAGAACAUGAUGGCACCAGAGACCUAUUUAUCUUCCUCCUCUUCUGGGGGCUUCACCCUCCAUUCUCACAGCUCAGAGGGAAGUUUUGAGGGUCCCUCCAGACCAGGUACCAAAGAGGACAAUGUUCAAGCUAAGAGAGCAUAGGUGGCCUGA